GCUGCUUUUAUCCGUGAUGUUAUGAUGCCUGGUGAAUGGGAUGUUUGUGUUACGUCAUAUGAAAUGGUAAUUAAAGAGAAAUCGGUCUUCAAAAAAUUUAACUGGAGAUACCUGGUAAUUGAUGAAGCCCACAGAAUAAAGAAUGAGAAGUCUAAGCUGUCAGAGAUUGUACGUGAGUUCAAGACAACAAAUCGAUUGCUGCUUACAGGAACUCCUUUACAGAAUAACCUCCACGAGCUGUGGGCAUUACUCAAUUUUCUUUUACCUGAUGUCUUCAAUUCUGCAGAUGAUUUUGACUCAUGGUUUGACACUAAAAAUUGUCUCGGUGAUCAGAAGCUUGUAGAAAGACUUCAUGCUGUUUUGAAGCCAUUUUUAUUACGUCGCAUAAAAGCUGAGGUUGAAAAGAGUUUGCCUCCAAAGAAGGAAGUAAAAAUUUAUCUUGGGCUCAGCAAAAUGCAGAGGGAAUGGUAUACAAGGAUCCUCAUGAAAGAUAUUGAUAUCCUGAAUUCAGCUGGGAAAAUGGAUAAGAUGCGUCUGCUGAAUAUUCUGAUGCAACUGCGGAAGUGCUGUAACCAUCCUUACCUGUUUGAUGGUGCAAGCCCUCCUUACACCACAGACACGCAUCUCAUCACUAACAGUGGUAAAAUGUUAGUUCUGGAUAAACUGCUAGCAAAACUCAGAGAGCAAGGUUCCAGAGUUCUACUUUUUAGUCAGAUGACUCGCUUACUGGAUAUUUUGGAAGACUAUUGCAUGUGGCGUGGAUAUGAGUACUGCCGACUUGAUGGACAGACACCACAUGAAGAAAGAGAGGAAGCAAUAGACACAUUUAAUGCUCCCAACAGCAGUAAAUUCAUUUUCAUGCUGAGCACCAGAGCUGGAGGUCUUGGAAUUAAUCUGGCAACUGCGGAUGUGGUUAUUCUCUAUGAUUCAGAUUGGAACCCUCAAGUAGAUCUGCAAGCCAUGGAUCGUGCGCAUCGUAUUGGUCAAAAGAAACCAGUACGGGUGUUUCGACUAAUCACUGAUAAUACUGUUGAAGAGAGGAUUGUAGAAAGAGCUGAAAUAAAACUGAGGCUGGACUCUAUAGUUAUACAACAAGGAAGGCUCAUAGACCAACAGUCUAACAAACUGGCAAAAGAUGAAAUGCUGCAGAUGAUCCGGCAUGGAGCCACACAUGUUUUUGCUUCCAAAGACAGUGAGCUGACAGAAGAAGAUAUAACCACUAUUUUAGAAAGAGGUGAAAAGAAGACAGCUGAAAUGAAUGAACGCUUGCAGAAAAUGGGCGAGAGCUCCUUACGAAAUUUCACUAUGGACACAGAGAUGAGCUUAUACAAUUUCGAAGGUGAAGAUUAUAGAGAAAAACAAAAGCUGAGCAUGAUGGAAUGGAUAGAGCCUCCAAAACGAGAACGCAAGGCUAAUUACGCAGUUGAUGCUUAUUUCAGAGAAGCCCUACGUGUUAGCGAACCGAAAGUCCCAAAGGCUCCACGACCUCCAAAACAGCCAAAUAUUCAGGAUUUCCAGUUUUUCCCACCACGAUUAUUUGAACUUCUAGAAAAAGAAAUUCUGUAUUAUCGUAAGACUAUAGGAUAUAAGGUCCCCAGAAAUCCUGACCUUCCAAAUGCAGCACAGGUACAAAAAGAGGAACAAAAGAAGAUAGAUGAGUCUAUGCCUCUGAAUACUGAAGAAACUGAAGAGAAAGAAAAGCUUCUAACACAGGGUUUUACAAACUGGAAUAAAAGAGAUUUUAACCAGUUUAUUAAAGCUAAUGAGAAAUAUGGGCGUGACGAUAUAGACAAUAUUGCCCGUGAGGUGGAGGGAAAGUCACCUGAGGAGGUCAUUGAGUAUUCAGCUGUGUUCUGGGAACGUUGUAAUGAACUACAGGACAUUGAGAGGAUUAUGGCUCAAAUUGAACGAGGAGAGGCACGAAUUCAACGGAGGAUCAGUAUCAAGAAAGCCCUGGAUGCCAAAAUUGCAAGGUAUAAAGCACCUUUUCAUCAGUUGCGUAUUCAGUAUGGAACAAACAAAGGGAAAAAUUACACAGAAGAGGAAGACAGAUUCUUGAUAUGCAUGUUGCACAAGAUGGGCUUUGACAAAGAAAAUGUGUAUGAGGAGCUAAGACAGUGUGUGCGCAAUGCUCCUCAGUUCAGAUUUGACUGGUUUAUCAAAUCUAGAACUGCAAUGGAGUUUCAGAGACGCUGCAAUACUCUCAUAUCAUUAAUAGAAAAAGAAAAUAUGGAAAUUGAGGAAAAAGAAAGAGCUGAAAAGAAGAAAAGAGGAGCGAAAGUUACAGCAUCACAGAAGAGAAAAGCAGAUUUGGCUACUGAGAACUCUGGAAAAAAAGAUGCUAAGAAAGUGAAGUCGUGAACCUGAAGACUGAAUGCUAAAUGUAAAACUGCCACUUUCUUCUCUCCAUCUACAAGUAUUAAUUGCCAACUUCUUGUAUUCAUGGUACUCUCCCCCAAAUCCCAUGGUUUAAUUUUGCAAAUUUUGUAUACUUUACAAAGACUUUCUUUACCUAAAAUGUGUAGCUUUAUAUCUUAUGCAUUCCAGUAUUUUUGUGUACUGUAUUUUGUGAGUUUCAUGUCUUCGGCAAAAUUCACUCAGUCCUUGUUUUUUUGAAGCUUGUGCUGAGGUUUUAGCUUUUAUAUGUUUUAUAUGCCGCUGCUUUGAAAGAAAACCUAGAUUCUAUAGCUGUAUUAUUGUUGUUUCAUAUUUUAAAUUUAUAUGGCUGUUGGAAAAUAAACUGACUUAAUUAUUUGAA